CUUGCCUCAAGAACAUUUUUGGUGUGCUGGAGCAGCUGAAAAAAACCCUGCCGAAGACCAAAACGAACAAAAAAAAGUAAUAAUACUGUAUAUGCACGAACUGUUUUGACUGGCAAGCAUACGUGUGUCCAUGCGUACGGAGGGAGGACUGAAGGCAGCUGUUUCCAGCAGAGCAGAGACCUACAACAUGUGAGAAGAUGUCUGUUGGAGGCUGCGCUUGCCCGGGCUGUUCGUCUAAGUCGUUCAAGCUGUACUCCCCCAAGGAGCCCGGCCCUAACGGCAGUGCCUUCCCCCCCUUCCACCCCGGCACCAUGCUGGACAGGGACGUGGGGCCAACACCAAUGUACCCCCCGUCAUACCUAGAGCCUGGCAUGGGGAGACCAACACCAUACGGCAACCAGACAGACUACAGGAUAUUUGAGCUCAACAAACGGCUACAAAACUGGACAGAGGACUGUGACAAUCUCUGGUGGGAUGCCUUCACCACAGAGUUCUUUGAGGAUGAUGCCAUGCUCACRAUCACCUUUUGUCUGGAGGACGGGCCCAAACGAUACACUAUCGGCCGGACAUUGAUCCCGCGGUACUUCCGGAGUAUCUUUGAAGGUGGCGCCACUGAGCUGUUCUACACAUUGAAGCACCCUAAAGAGUCCUUCCACACUAACUUUGUGUCUCUGGACUGUGACCAGUGCACCAUGGUUACACAGAARGGCAAGCCCAUGUUCACACAGGUGUGUGUGGAGGGCCGUCUGUACCUGGAGUUCAUGUUUGACGACAUGAUGAGGAUCAAGACGUGGCAUUUUAGCAUCAGACAACAUAGAGAAGUCCUGCCUCGCAGCAUACUGGCCAUGCACGUGCAGGACCCUCAGAUGCUGGAUCAGCUGGCUAAAAACAUCACAAGAUGUGGCCUGUCCAACUCCACACUCAAUUACCUCAGGCUGUGUGUGAUCUUGGAGCCGAUGCAGGAGUUGAUGUCCAGACACAAGACCUACAGUCUGAGUCCCAGAGACUGUCUCAAGACCUGCCUCUUCCAGAAGUGGCAACGCAUGGUGGCCCCACCAGCUGAGCCUGCCAGACAAGCGCCCAACAAGCGGAGGAAAAGGAAGAUGUCUGGCGGGGCAACAUGAGCCGCUGGUGGAGGAAACAACAGCAAGAAGAAGAGUCCUGCAAACAACUUCCCUCUCUCCACACAGGAUGUGAUGAUGGUGGGCGAGCCCACACUGAUGGGAGGGGAGUUCGGAGACGAAGAUGAGCGUCUGAUCACGCGGCUGGAGAACGGUCAGUUCGACACGGCUAACGGAGCGGGGGGCCUGGAGGACGAGGACAGUUUUGGUAGCUCCCCUGCUCUGGGGGGCGCACACUCCCCCUGGAACAACAAGACGCCCAGCAGCCAGGACAGCAAGAAUGACGCACAGUAGAGCCACAACCAUAAACCCUAACUCACCACCCAGAUACGCUACUCAUCUACCUGCAAAAUGAAUCCCACUCAUGCUCUCUCUCGCACAUGCUCAGUGGUGCUCAACCCCGGCCCUCUUCCCCAUGCUCAUCAGUGCUAGGCCUGACUCUGUUCUGUUUGUGUGUGUGUGAGAGAGCCUGUGCUUACUGGUCAGAGUGUUUGAGUCAGAGCUGGGUUCGGCCUUCUAUGAUCAGUGCUAGCUAGCCAUGUUGGCCAUUUUGCUGGCGGACAUAUUGGCGGGUUCUUGUUCCAACCUCGGGUCUCUGGGUGUAUUGCCUUGACAGCCGUACCUCUAUUUCUGUUGUGCUCACCUCACAGGGAAGGAAUACCUAUCUUUUAUUUAUUAUCUCUUAGAUUUUAGCAGAGUAAAACGUAUUGUGUGCACUACAGCAUAAAUCCAACGUUCAGUUUUUAAAAAACUAAAUUAUUUGUUUUGUAGGACCUGGUUGGAACAAAAACCUGUACACUGCCGGAGCUUGAGGACCGGAGUUGAGAACCGCUACGCUAAACCUAAAACACACACAACACACGCA